CAAACCUUCCAAGUGGCUCGAAAAUCUUUUUGUCGUCUGAUCUCUCGCAGACAGCGUUCCCCCUCACUUCACGAGCGGUUCGACCUCAUGAUCUGAGUUAAAAGGACGAGAGACUAUCAGAACAGCCACCCCGCCGAGUGUGUGGUUCACGUUUGAAGAGCGACGAGCCCUUUCAUUCUGACUCGGUCUCGGCUCGUCCUUCUCUCCUUUUCAGGUCGAUUGGUGUCGUCCAUUUGCUUUUCGAGCCCGAACAAAACAUUUUUCUGAUCGUGAAUAUGCAUUCUGAAAUUUGCUUUGUGUGCGUUGAAUUUCGGGGUGAAUGCUCGGAUCCAUUACGCUCACGCAUUGGGAAUCCGCCCCGUAGCCACACGGCGACAUUCUUAAUAAAGUAAGUAAGUCUACGGAAGCGGGGCAGAGAAGAAUCAGGGGCUUCUGUAUGUGUUUACAAAGGCCACACGAGCCCCCGCUAUUCUGUGUGAGUCGAGAAUUUUCGACGUGUACGAGCACAAGGCAUUUGUGCCUUGUGCCGACUUGAGCAGAGAGAAAAUGAGAUACUGCAGGACUGCAAUUUUGGCACUGCAGGCUUCGGCCGAGCUCGAGAGGCAAAUUUCUAUGUCUUCGUCCUCUGAAAUCGGACGUAGUUCCCAACUAUUACAAACCUCCAAAUCUUUCAGAUACUGGGCUGAACCAGAGAGAGGGGAGACUUUCAAGCUGAAAGUUUCUUCCGGAGAGAACGUGGAGGUGGGAGUUGCGGGAUGAACGGGUCCGGAGGAGUCUGUGAAAGCCGUGCCAUGAUCUGAAGAGCGAACGGCGGCGGGGCAAACCUCAGGAACAAACGACGGAAACCUUAUAAGGGCUCACUUUAUGCCUUGUAACUUUCUGAAUUGUUUUCCUAAUACCUGUCUAAUACCUGUCCUAAUACCUGUCUAAUGUCACUGACUAAUUUACUUCCAUGAAAAACUAUUCACUCGUAGUGAACCAAUUCAAGUUGAUUGCUCUCCCCUUGUGUACCUGAGAGAGAGAGAGAGAGAGAGAGAGAGAGAGAGAAAGAGAAAGAAAAGGAAAACAAGGCAGUGACCUAUAGGGCGAUUGCCAUGACCUCAGAGGUUCUAGAAACUGCGCAACUUCUGGGCAGGAAGGAGGUCAUGAGACCUGGACCAGACUUUCCAUUUUUUACCGUCGUUGAUAGACGUGGGUCCCGAUCUGACCGCAGGCGCAUUGAUGUACUGGGGGUGGUGCAAGCAAAAUCUCCUGAAAAUCCCUUCAAACAAGGGAGAGGGAGCACCGUCGCUUGUACAGUCCUUCUCUGUCUCAUUUCCGGUGUAUUGUUUGUUUCCUGACUCACCAUCUGCUGCGAGGUUCUGUGAAUUGUUUCUCGAUCCUGAUAUCGGUUUUUACCUUCACGUUUGGACCUCAAUGGGGAUACCUCUUCACUGCUUUCUAAUCCGAGUUUAGUUUUCUCUCUCCUGGACUCGAUGAGCCCAGCCCAUUCUCUGCAAAAGUAUGGAGCGACCAUCUGACUAGUGACAGUGGCGGCGAGCUUCUGUGUGCCUAAUUAUACAAGUCAACGAACUAUUAUUUACAAGCCUACCUGUUGCCUCAAAGUAUAUUCUGAGAUGUGAUAUUC